CCCCUCCAGUCAAUAGCUGUAAGCACUAGAGCGAGAGAUAGACCGAGAGCGAGAGGGCUAGAGAGCGAGGUUUGGGAAUAUUGGAUCUGGCAGUAGCAGUGCUGCAUAGAGAAUGGGAGAAGGAACGGAGGGUGGUGGUGUUUCUUUGCCUUCGGGUCCAGACGCCAAGAAGAGGAGGGUUACCUAUUUCUACGAACCCACCAUCGGCGAUUACUACUACGGCCAGGGUCAUCCCAUGAAACCCCAUCGGAUUCGCAUGGCCCAUAAUCUCAUUGUCCAUUACUACCUCCAUCGCCGCAUGGAAAUCAACCGUCCCUUCCCCGCCGCCCCCGAAGACAUCCGCCGUUUUCACACCGACGAAUACGUCGAGUUCCUCUCCUCCGUCACGCCGGAGACCCUCGGUGAGAACACAUUCUCUCGUCAGCUCAAGCGCUUCAAUGUUGGCGAGGACUGCCCCGUCUUUGACGGCUUGUUCAAUUUUUGUCAGUCCUCUGCUGGUGGUUCCAUUGGCGCCGCUGUCAAGCUGAACCGUGGCGAUGCUGAUAUUGCCAUCAACUGGGCCGGCGGUCUGCAUCAUGCCAAGAAGUCUGAGGCUUCUGGGUUUUGUUAUGUCAAUGAUAUUGUCCUCGGCAUUCUUGAGCUGCUCAAGGUUCACAGGCGUGUAUUGUAUGUUGACAUUGAUGUUCACCAUGGAGAUGGCGUUGAGGAGGCUUUCUAUACAACUGACAGAGUGAUGACAGUUUCUUUUCAUAAGUUUGGGGAUUUUUUCCCAGGCACUGGGCACAUCAGGGAUGUAGGGGCAGGCCCAGGGAAGAAUUAUGCUUUAAAUGUCCCGUUGAAUGAUGGAAUGGAUGAUGAGAAUUUCCGUGGGUUGUUCCGCCCCAUCAUUCAGAAAGUCAUGGGGGUGUAUCAACCUGAUGCAGUUGUUCUUCAAUGUGGUGCUGAUUCAUUGUCUGGUGACAGGCUAGGUUGCUUCAACUUGUCUGUCAAGGGUCAUGCAGAUUGCCUUCGUUUCCUUAGAUCUUUCAAUGUUCCUUUGAUGGUCUUGGGUGGGGGAGGAUAUACGAUUAGGAAUGUUGCUCGUUGCUGGUGUUAUGAGACAGCGGUGGCUGUGGGUGUUGAACCUGAUAAUAAGUUGCCUUACAAUGAAUAUUUUGAGUAUUUUGGCCCAGACUACACUCUUCAUGUUGAUCCAUGUAACAUGGAGAACCUUAACUCAUCCAAGGAUAUGGAAAAAAUAAGGAUCACAUUAUUAGAACAGCUCUCCAGACUUCCUCAUGCACCCAGUGUGCCUUUUCAGACAACACCAUGUACAAUUGAAGUUCCAGAAGAGGUGGAAGAGGACAUGGAUCGAAGACCCAAACGUCGCAUAUGGAGUGGUGAAGAUUAUGAUUCUGAUCAUGAUGAAGAUGUGAAGGCUAGUCCAAAAUACUCAAAUAUAAGGGAUGUUCCUGAUGAGAUGGAAGAAGAGAAGCCAGAAAGGCACCCAUCCUCCUGACCCAUACGAAAACGGAGCAAGUUCAUGCACAGCCAGUCUGUGUAGUAUAAACGGAUAUUCCAGUCGGUGGGGAGUGUCCUAUAUACACUUGGUGUUCGCGCGAAGGAGGAACGUGUUCUAGAGUUUUGAAUAUUUUGAUGUAUAGACACUAGGAGGAUACAGUGAUAAAUCGUACUUAUCCUUUUGUUUUGUGUAGUCUACCCCCAUCCCCAACGUCAGGACAAGUUUUGUGAAAAAAUGGCCAAAUGACACGCGAGUGUUCUCAUUCAUA